AUGUCAUCACUAACGGUGUUCCAUCACACCCUACUCCAUCCCUAUCAUUGUUUCCUCACAUUAUUACAUCGCUGCCGCUCUUCCAUCACUUCCAGGGCCACCCACUGGGAGCCAUCACAUCCAGGGCCACCCACUGGGAGCCAUCACUUCCAGGGCCACCCACUGGGAGCCAUCACAUCCAGGGCCACCCACUGGGAGCCAUCACUUCCAGGGCCACCCACUGGGAGCCAUCACUUCCAGGGCCACCCACUGGGAGCCAUCACAUCCAGGGCCACCCACUGGGAGCCAUCACUUCCAGGGCCACCCACUGGGAGCCAUCACAUCCAGGGCCACCCACUGGGAGCCAUCACUUCCAGGGCCACCCACUGGGAGCCAUCACUUCCAGGGCCACCCACUGGGAGCCAUCACAUCCAGGGCCACCCACUGGGAGCCAUCACAUCCAGGGCCACCCACUGGGAGCCAUCACUUCCAGGGCCACCCACUGGGAGCCAUCACUUCCAGGGCCACCCACUGGGAGCCAUCACAUCCAGGGCCACCCACUGGGAGCCAUCACUUCCAGGGCCACCCACUGGGAGCCAUCACAUCCAGGGCCACCCACUGGGAGCCAUCACUUCCAGGGCCACCCACUGGGAGCCAUCACUUCCAGGGCCACCCACUGGGAGCCAUCACAUCCAGGGCCACCCACUGGGAGCCAUCACAUCCAGGGCCACCCACUGGGAGCCAUCACUUCCAGGGCCACCCACUGGGAGCCAUCACAUCCAGGGCCACCCACUGGGAGCCAUCACAUCCAGGGCCACCCACUGGGAGCCAUCACUUCCAGGGCCACCCACUGGGAGCCAUCACAUCCAGGGCCACCCACUGGGAGCCAUCACAUCCAGGGCCACCCACUGGGAGCCAUCACAUCCAGGGCCACCCACUGGGAGCCAUCACUUCCAGGGCCACCCACUGGGAGCCAUCACAUCCAGGGCCACCCACUGGGAGCCAUCACAUCCAGGGCCACCCACUGGGAGCCAUCACAUCCAGGGCCACCCACUGGGAGCCAUCACAUCCAGGGCCACCCACUGGGAGCCAUCACAUCCAGGGCCACCCACUGGGAGCCAUCACUUCCAGGGCCACCCACUGGGAGCCAUCACAUCCAGGGCCACCCACUGGGAGCCAUCACAUCCAGGGCCACCCACUGGGAGCCAUCACAUCCAGGGCCACCCACUGGGAGCCAUCACAUCCAGGGCCACCCACUGGGAGCCAUCACAUCCAGGGCCACCCACUGGGAGCCAUCACAUCCAGGGCCACCCACUGGGAGCCAUCACAUCCAGGGCCACCCACUGGGAGCCAUCACAUCCAGGUCCACCCACUGGGAGCCAUCACAUCCAGGGCCACCCACUGGGAGCCAUCACAUCCAGGGCCACCCACUGGGAGCCAUCACAUCCAGGGCCACCCACUGGGAGCCAUCACAUCUACUUCUUAAUCACUAAAGAUUCUCCAUCGCCCACUACUCCUUCACUCCUGAAUUCUCGUCAAGCAGCUACUCCAUCACUACUAAUUAUCCACACUUUGAAAAAUAUAACACCUCUUUCCCUUCCUCGCAACCCUUGUCUUUCACUUCCAAAAGCACCUCACACUGCGCACCUCACACUGCGCACCUCACACGGCGCACCUCACACGGCGCACCUCACACUGCGCACCUCACACUGCGCGCCUCACACUGCGCGCCUCACACUGCGCGCCUCACACUGCGCGCCUCACACUGCGCACCUCACACUGCGCACCUCACACUGCGCACCUCACACUGCGCACCUCAGACUGCGCACCUCACACUGCGCGCCUCACACUGCGCACCUCACACGCCAGGACCACAAGGGCCAUGAGAUGCCAGUGGUGGCAGAGAUGCCAGUGGUGGCAGAGAUGCCAGUGGUGGCAGAGAUGCGAGUGGUGGCAGAGAUGCCAGUGGUGGCAGAGAUGCCAGUGGUGGCAGAGAUGCCAGUGGUGGCAGUGUCUGGUGAGGGCAGCGUCACAGGAAGGCCAGAGUAG